CCCCCACCUUCAAUACCACCUUUUUCCAUCAGAUCUCUCUCUUUCUCUUUCUCUUUCACUCUCUCCUUUUCCGGCCACCAUUAAAGAAGUAUCAAGUAUCUCUCUCCGACAAUGGCUACACCUGCGGCGGUUGCUCCUCCACAUUUCACUUACCUAGACGAAAAAUGGAAGCUCUCCAAAAAAGAAAGCAUCUCCAGGAGCCGUUCUUCCACUUCUUCACUUAUCAGAAACCCCUCUUCCUCCUCCCCCGAUACUCACCGCCGUUGUGCUUUCACCAGAAAAUGCGCUCGUCUCGUCAAAGAACAAAGAGCUAGAUUCUACAUCAUGAGACGAUGCGUCACAAUGCUCAUCUGUUGGCGUGAUUACGGCGACUCUUAAUCAUCAUCAUCAACAACAACAACAAACUUUCUUCCGUCUCUGUUUAUUCUCUCGCUCUUUCCGAGGCUGAUUUUUCGAAGAAUUUUCCGGCAGCGGCCGAGGAGGAUGAGAAAACAGCAGGAACUUGUACAGUAAUGUUCGUAUAUAGAUUUUUUGGUAGGAUUUAUAUUCUUGGGUCUUUCUUAUUUCCUAAAUUUUUGGUGUAAUUGAUUCGAUUGAAAUGAGUAACUAGUAGCGAAAUGACUAUGGAGCUCAUUUAAUUCUCUGUU